CGCGCACACUCUGCUCUCAUACUUCUCAGUCACAGUCGACUCCGUCGCCUCCGUCACCUCUCUAACGAUUAUUUAAUACAUUUCCCCGUGGAUAUUCUUUGUUAAAUUUGCUUUCAAAGUCAUGGUGGGGUGGCCGAGACAUUUGCAGUUUGCGCUUCAUCAAGUUGGAAAAAGGGUGGCACAUAAUUUCAAUGUAUCUACCAACUUUUCUUGUCUGUCUCGUGUGGAUUCCCCUCUUUUGUCAGGUCAGUUACCUCAUGCACAGAGGCUCUGGAAAUCACCUUCUUCAAACUUCUCAAGGCCUUUAUAUCAGUAUUUGCAACAAUUGGAUAUUUCCAGCUCAAGGCAGUUACUAGCAGAGUCAUCAAAUGAAACACCUAUUUCAUCUCCAUUGACUCCUGUGUUGGCAAUAGAUAGUGGAAAAACUGAUGAGCAAAAGGUGGUUGUUAAACCCUCAAAAGUUCAAGCAGUUCUAAAGGGCAUAAAACAGAGUCCUAAAAAGGUCAACUUGGUUGCUGAAUUCAUACGUGGCAUGCGUGUGGAAGAUGCAUUGUUGCAGCUACAAGUGACCAUAAAGCGAGCAGCAAAAACUGUCUAUCAGGUUAUUCACUCUGCCCGAGCAAACGCCACUCAUAAUCAUGGGUUGGAUCCUGAUCGUCUACUUGUUGCUGAGGCAUUUGUUGGGAAGGGAUUUUUUAAGAAAAGAAUUUCAUACCAUGCAAAGGGAAAAUGUGGACUUAAAGUAAGACCGGAAUGCCGUUUGACAGUGGUCGUGAGGGAGAUGACCCCAGAAGAGGAGGCGCAAAUAGCCCGGUUGAGAGUACACAAUUUCCGCAAGAAGACUAAGAGGGAAAAGCGGCUUGUACCUCAUACACUUAUUGAGUCAACUCCAGUUUGGAACCGCAAAGGCAAAACCCGUCGUCAUGAAGCAAAUGUGGCUGCGUAACUCUAAUUUCUUCAUGUUUUUGCCUUUUUUUAGAAGGUUUUAGUAGUUUGUGAGACCUAGAUCUGCAUUAUAGCAGGAAUUAUCUUGUAGAAUUUUGCCACCAAAUGUCCAAAGACAGAAUGGAAAUAGAACAAAAAAGCAAAAUAACUUGCUCAGUUUUGGUUAAUGCAAAUAUGUAGCUUCAACGGCUGCAGGUGGUUUUGAAUA